UCCUAGCCGCCAUUAGCGAUUUGUUCUCUUUAAGCGAUCGUAAUGGAAAUUGUGUUUAAUGGGAAGCGCUGAAACCUUAGUAACCUAAUGCCUGUUAACGGCAAGCAAUCAAUUUGAAUGUAACCACUAGUAACAACUCGGUUCUGUAGCGGAAAUUUGAAGUGCUGCUCGUUAGUUACAGCUGCUGAACAAGACAGCAAGGGUCACGCAUCAACGCUCCACUAAAACUCUGGACAGAGGCAGUCCUUCGUUGGUUUACCGCAUCAAGUCAAAUUCAGGUGCGCUUAGUCAUAAACAACGUGAAGUAAAACUACGACGCUGCUAGAGUCCAAAUUUGCGUAACCCUAUCAGUUGCAGAAAUGGAGACCACCACUGCUGUGGCCAACGUAGCCAAUGCUUCGACAGUUCCCGUUAACUCAAAGCGGGCUACGCAACAGGGCCGCAAGAAGUCUGGACCCAAGUUCGAACUGUCCGAGGCUCAGAAAUCAGACAUUAAAGAGGCCUUUGACUUAUUUGAUAACGAGUGCACUGGUUUCAUCGAGGUCAAGGAACUUAAGGUGGCUAUCAGGGCUUUGGGUUUCGAGCCGAAAAAGGAGGAGAUCAAACGGAUGAUCGCAGAGAUAGAAAAGGACUGCAGUGGUCGGAUUUCGUUUAACGACUUUCUACACCUGAUGACUAUGAAGAUGGCCGAGAAGGACACUAGGGAAGAAAUACUUAAAGCUUUUCGGCUAUUUGACGAUGACGAGACAGGAAAGAUUUCUUUCAAAAACCUAAAAAGGGUGGCGCGCGAACUGGGCGAAACGCUUACUGACGAGGAGUUGCGCGAAAUGAUCGACGAGGCCGAUUUGGACAACGACGGCGAGGUUAACCAGGAGGAGUUUCUCCGAAUCAUGAAGAAGACCAGUUUGUAUUAGAGAUCUGCCAUCAAGAUUCGUAAAAGUUGUUCUUAUGGCGAGCUCACAAAUGUAAUUUGAGUUAAUAAUCAAUUCCUGAAUUUAAACCUGCCGGCGAAGAUGAAGUAAAAUCAUAUAAAUGUAAAAUCUACAAAUACAGGAAAAUAAUUGCUCCUCUGAACCAAA